AUGAAAGAAGCUGCGAGAACUAGUAUCCUUUCACGUGGAUGGGAAAAUCUGUGGAAAUAUUCCACCGGUGUUUUCGAUUUUGAUGGUGUGGAGGCAGUGCAUGGCUUGAUAGACGGAAUUUCUUUUGAUUUGAAUGAAAGUUAUGGACUUGUUCUGGAUAAAUGGAUUAACUUCGCAAUUGUGAGGAGAGUUGCAAUGCUUGAGUUGGACUUGUCAACAUUCAAUGGAUUUGAUCGGGCACUUAAAAAUUCCAUUGAUAGUUACACUAGUAAUUACACAUUUCCAUCGCGACCUCUUUUCUCUCCCAGCUUUGCUUCACUAACGUCCCUCAUUUUGAAAUCGGUGAAUGUAACUGAGGAAGUUCUUUCAUACUUCUUGUGCAAUUGUCCCUUGCUUGAAGACUUAAGUGUGCGAGGCUCUGGCACUCUGGUUAAUUUAAAAGUUGUUGGCCCUACCCUCAAGUUGAAGUACUUGGAGAUUAAUGAGUGUUACGAGUUAAAACAUCUCGAGAUUCAAGCACCAAAUAUUGUGUCGUUUACCUACCAUGGGACAAAGAUAAGUAUGCCUUUCAAGAAUGUUCCCCGUCUUUCUGAGAUGUCUUUGGGGAAACAUUAUUGUGCAUUCUUGCUUUUGGAAUUGUGUCAGCUUUCAUUGCAUCACUCUCAGCUACAGACAAAUAGUAUUAUGAACUUUGAAUUUUGCCAGCUUUUGCUAUGUCUUUCUCGGCUAGAGACUCUUAGAUUGGACCUUGAAUAUUUGUUUCUUAUACAAAGAGAUUUCAGUUUGAAUUUACCCCAUGAUUGUCUUCCACUGAGUAAUCUCAAGCAUUUGGAGAUGAAGGUUUACUCACUUCACGAUGAUAGCAUCCUUUGCCUCACUUCUUUGAUAGAGGCUUCUCCGCGUUUGCAUAGAUUAUCAAUACAGAUAAUAUUUGAGUGGGAUACGUAUAUGAUGUCAACAGGGUUACUACCCUACUGUCCAAAGAAGGCAAGGAAAUCCACACAAUGUCCUUAUCACAACCUUAAGGUCGUAGAAUUUGUUGGGUUUGCUGGGCAUCAAGCUGAUGGUGAGCUUGCCAGAUGCUUGCUUUGGAAUGCUGUUUCACUUGAGAAGAUGAUUGUUGAUCCUCGUCCACGUUAUUUGGGAAGAUUGGAAACGGGAAUUGAAGUGGCAAGGAAGCGUGCCAAGGAGCUCGAAACAGAAUUACCUCUAGGAGCCAAACUCGUGUGUAGGGUAGUGGUGGGUGUGGUUUUGCGCUACAGGGUGUAUAUGCAUGAGGCAGGGCAGAAAUUGUUUUGUAAUGAUAUCAUUAAAUUCUAA